ACGUUGGUGGCGUUGCUGUCGGCGCAUUGUUUGUGAUGUAAACGUUACCAUCUUAGUAACGUUAAAGAUGUCACCAAUUCGAAAGAUGUAUGCUGCAGUAAUUAUUUUGAUGGUUUCAAAUUUGAUUGUCUGCCGUCCGAUUGAUAUCAGUAAAGUUAAGGAUCGUCCAAUAAUUAAUUGGGAUGUGUUAGGCUUCAGUAUUAUUGGCAAACUACAACUGAAGUAUGUGCUUUUUAUUCUGGCCACCUUCUUCAUAUGUACCCUUCUAAAGGAGCAGUUAACAAAUUCAAAGUUACUGAAAGAACUGAAAGUGUUAAACAAUAUAAAUAAACAUGGACAAUGGCAAAUUGAUGGAUGUAAUGAUGAAAUGAAUGGUAAGUUAUCAUGUAACAUAUACAAAACAGACACAUUGUAGCUGAAUAUGCAGCAUUGGCUUUGAUCAUUGUUGAAGGCCGUACGGUGACCUAUACUAUAGUUGUUUAUUUCUGUGUCAAUUUGUCUCUAGUGAA